CGUUGAUUUCAUUGUCUGAGAAGGCAGUGGAGACCCAGGAAAAAUCUCGCUGAAUCUGCCUGCCCCAGCACUGGUCUGAUCUGGUAUCCUCAGAUCCCUCCCGUGACCGCACCACGCCCGAGGAACUCUGAUUUGGGGUGCCACUCAGUGAUUUUGAAACUUAAACUCUUUGGAGAGACUCAGAGUGAGGUCCAUUGUGGAGACUCAGAGCUUAACAUAAGGCAGCGUCUCUCAAACUGAGAUCUGAAGACCCCUAGGAGUCCAAGGACAUAUUUUCAGAGAUGAAUCUACGUUCUGUAUUUACUGUAGAACAACAAAGGAUUUUACAGCGUUAUUAUGAAAAUGGAAUGACAAAUCAAAGUAAAAAUUGCUUUCAGCUCAUAUUACAGUGUGCACAGGAGACUAAGCUGGACUUCAGUGUAGUCAGGACGUGGGUUGGCAAUAAGAGAAGAAAAAUGAGUAGUAAGAAUUCUGAAUCAGGAGCAGCAACAACAGGAACUGUUUCUGGUACCUCUUUGGCAGCUCCAGACAUUACAGUCAGAAAUGUGGUUAAUAUUGCUCGACCCUCAAGCCAACAGUCUUCUUGGACAUCUGCCAAUAAUGAUGUCAUUGUAACUGGUAUAUACAGUCCAGCCAGUUCUUCAAGCAGGCAAGGGACAACCCAACAUACAAAUACACAAAUUACAGAAACACAUAAAAUCCCUAUUCAGAAAACGGCCAGUAAAAAUGAUACUGAGUUUCAGUUGCAUAUUCCUGUUCAAAGACAAGUAGCACACUGUAAAAAUGCCUCUCUGCUCUUAGGUGAAAAAACAAUUAUUUUGUCAAGACAGACAAGUGUGCUGAAUGCUGGGAACUCAGUAUACAAUCACACAAAGAAAAACUAUGGAAGCUCUUCAAUGCAAGCCUCUGAGAUGGUGGUACCUCAAAAGCCAUCUGUGUGCCACCGACCUUGCAAAAUUGAACCAGUUGGAAUUCAAAGGUUAUAUAAGCCUGAACACACGGGUCUAGCAUCGCAUAAUUUAUGCGGGCAAAAGCCACCUCUUAGAGACCCUUACUGUAGAACACAAAACUUGGAAAUCCGUGAAGUAUUUUCAUUAGCAGUUAGUGAUUACCCCCAGAGAAUUCUGAGAGGAAAUGCUCCACAGAAGCCUAGUUCAGCAGAAGGAACUUGUUUGUCCAUUGCAAUGGAGACUGGAGAUGUUGAUGAUGAGUAUGCCAGAGAGGAAGAGUUGGCAUUGAUGGGAGCACAGAUACCAAGCUACUCAAGAUUUUAUGAAAGUGGCAGUUCCCUUCGAGCUGAGAACCAAAGUACAGCUUUGCCCGGACCAGGAAGAAAUAUGCCAAAUUCACAAAUGGUGAAUAUUAGAGACUUGUCAGACAAUGUACUGUAUCAAAACAGAGACUACCACUUAACACCACGGACCUCAUUACAUACUGCGUCUACUACAAUAUACAGUAAUACAAAUCCAUCACGGAGUAAUUUGUCUUCACAUUUUGCAUCAUCAAACCAGUUGAGGUUAUCACAAAACCAAAACAAUUACCAGAUUUCAGGAAACCUUACUGUGCCUUGGAUUACAGGGUGUUCUAGAAAAAGAGCACUACAAGACCGCACUCAGUUCAGUGACCGAGACUUAGCCACUCUUAAGAAGUACUGGGACAAUGGCAUGACUAGCCUUGGCUCUGUCUGUAGAGAGAAAAUUGAAGCAGUUGCAACCGAAUUAAAUGUCGAUUGUGAAAUAGUUCGGACUUGGAUUGGGAAUCGAAGAAGGAAAUAUCGUUUAAUGGGGAUUGAAGUUCCGCCUCCAAGAGGAGGCCCUGCUGAUUUUUCUGAGCAGCCCGAGUCUGGCUCUUUGUCUGCAUUCACACCAGGAGAAGAAGCUGGUCCUGAAGUAGGAGAGGAUAAUGACAGAAAUGAUGAAGUAUCCAUCUGUUUGUCUGAAGGAAGCUCUCAAGAAGACUCCAAUGAAGUUGCUCCAAAUGAGACAAGGGCUCAUAAGGAGGAAGACCACCACGCAGUAUCCUCAGAUAGCGUGAAAAUAGAAAUUAUUGAUGAUGAAGAAAGUGACAUGAUAAGUAAUUCUGAAGUAGAACAAGUGCAUUCUGUCUUGGAUUAUAAGAAUGAAGAAGUCAGAUUCAUUGAAAACGAGUUAGAGAUUCAAAAGCAAAAAUACUUUAAACUUCAGACGUUUGUCAGAAGCUUGAUACUAGCUAUGAAAGCCGACAAUAAGGAACAGCAGCAGGCACUGCUGUCAGAUUUACCUCCUGAAUUAGAAGAGAUGGAUUUCAAUCAUGCCUCGCCGGAACCUGAUGAUACCUCAUUCAGUGUGUCUUCUUUAUCAGAGAAAAAUGCCUCAGACAGUUUGUGAUUUGAUGGGGGGGAUAUAUGAUACAGUCUUUUGGCUGCCUAACAGGUGUGCAUUUCAAGAUAACUGCAUUCUGUUGACCCAAAAUUCUUCAGUUGGAAAAACAUAUUGGUGAAACUGACAUAUUCUGUGAAGGAUGGACAAGAUAUAAUGGUUACAUUGUAAAAAAUGUAUGUGAAACUUAAAAGCAUUAUUUGAGAGUUUCUUUCCAAACUGAUGGAACUCUGGAAAAAGAAAUUGUAUUUAAUUUUGAGCAGUUUAACUUCGAAAUGCAUAAUGUCUAAUUUCUGAAAUAUUUUUGUUUGGUUUUAUAGAAGAAUCUUAGUUUUAGUAAUAGUUUCGACCAGAGACACAAAAAUAAAGGUAUUUCUACAUUGCUUAUCAAGUUACUGAAGCUUGAUUAGUCUUGUUUUUGUAGCCAUUAUAUCUUCUUUCCUCCUCUCUCCUUUUCCUAUCAUCUACAUACACUUUUACUCAGGAAAGUGGACUGAAAAUUGAAAACAAAACUUUAAAAAUGAUUUAACCUUGAUGAGUCCUGGGAUUUAUUUUUCAACCCCUAUGAGAAUUUGACUUAAGCUAAUGAUUGAAAAUUGAAGUGGUUACUAGUAGAUAAUUGUAGAUUGUUGGUAUUCUUCCAUUAUCUAACCCAAAUAUUUGGGGGGAGGGGGGAAAGCACUAUGGAAAAGUAAUUCACCAAUGUGAAGUCAAAUAAAUUAUUAAGUGUACAAAAACAAAAUGCUGUAAAAGAUUAGUCUCACUGGGAGUUCUUUGUUGCUGCAAAUGACAAAUAUUGAUAAGAUUCACAUUCUACUAGCAAAUUUGUGUAACCCAGUUAGAUGAAAUGUUGCACAAAUAUUGCAAGUUGAUCACCAUCUUCAUAAUAUUUUUUUAGUUCUUACAUUUUAUGAAAUAGGAAGUCAAGGUAAGCCACUGAGAUUUUUUUCAUCUAGUCACUCAGCUUUGCCACAAAAUUUACCUCAUUUCCAUGUGAGGCUUAUACAGAGCCAUCAGCCAAGGAUAAUAUCCAAAAAGAGUUAUACCACUUUGUUUUUAAAUCAUGGUCCUCUGAAUUUCCUGGAUAUUAUUCUAUGAGUACACUCCUAAAAUGGGCAUGCUACCUAGUUGUUCUAUUAGUAGGUACCAGGUGGCAAAACACUCUAGACAAUUAUUUGCAGACCUUCCUUGCCAGGGUACCAGAUGGCAUUCCAAGACCAAUAGAAGGGAAAAUCCAGUUUCUCCUUGAGCACACAGUAUCAUAUAUUUGUGAGUUGGCAGUGUGGAAUUGUGUCACGUGGUUAAAUUAUUAUCUAUAUCUAAAAAAUUAAUGAAGUUGCUAGAUGGUUGUUUUGGCCAUUAAGUUUUCUAUGUUAGAUAUUUUUGUAAUUUGUAAGUAAAACCAAUUUUUUUUUGUGUGUGUGUGAGGGGAUCAGCCCUGUGCUAACAUCUGCCAAUCUUCCUCAUUUUUUGCUGAGGAAGACUGGCCCUGGGCUAACAUCUGUGCCCAUCUUCCUCCACUUUAUAUGGGAUGCCGCCGUAGCAUGACUUGCCAAGCAGUGUGUCGGUGCGCGCCCAGGAUCCGAACCAGCAAACCCCAGGCCGCCACAUCAGAGCGCACACACUUAACCACUUGCACCACCGGGCCAGCCCCAGUAAAACCAAUUUUGAUCUUGGAAUUCACAGACACCAAUUUAUGAAUGCAGACAGGCAGUCAUGAAUGUCUUUCACCUUGAAAUGUCCCCUCUCCCACACACAAAUAGGUAAGGUUCACUGAUAAUCCUUCAUUUUGUCAGUUAUUUGCUUGAUUUAAUAUUGCUGCCAUGCUACUGCUAAGGUACUUUGUAGGCAGAAAUAUUUCAGUGGUUAGGUGUACUCUUUUUUAGCUGAGAACCACAUGGUUCUUUGCAAACAAUAUUUGGUACGAUUUGCUGACAAGUCAAAUCCCGUUCAGAGAAAACAACGCUGAGUAACAGAACCUCAGAUAUUAGGAUUAAAUUUAUCGGUCACACCAAUUCUUCCAUAAGAUAAAGUCCCUACUACAUAUAGCAAAUAUAGAAACCAUUUCCUAAGGUAGCAUGAACAAAUUCCAGGCCUUCAAGUCUCUCCUAGGAUCUCACUCCUAGUCAUUGAGUUAUCUUUAAACUCUAGUUUCUUCCGCUUCAAUUUAAGCCCCUUCUUAUUUGGU